AUGAAGAGAAUUCCAGAGGACGUUAUCAUAAUUAUUGCUUCUUUCCUUCCAUACAAACGUCUCGCACCCUUCGCCACGUUGUCACGGCCAUGGCAGCGAGCCAUCGAGAGGCGCACAUUUUCGACAUUAUACAUUAAUAGCAGGACUAAAGACAUAUAUGUCUUUGAGCGUAUAGUCUGGGCUAAUCAUAUGCGCCGCAGGUUCCUGCGGUACCUCACGUUCAGCAUCCAGCUAUACGUUGACAGGGACAAAUUCAAGUCUUCACAGCACUGGCAGCAGCCUAGCGCGUACCUGACAUGGAAUUUGCGCCGCCUCUUCCUCAUUCUAGCAGAGAGCGGUGACGACAAGAAAAUGACCCUAGAGUUGGACGGAAAGAUGUAUCAAAACAUCCAAUACGAUGAGCCUCGGUACCCUCCCCUGCGCCUUGCGUUAAUCGGCAAUGCCGACCAUUUCCCAAUAGUGAAAUGUGUGUCAGAACUAGUGUUUUUCAUGGAUAAUCCAAGGAUACGAAUAGCGCUGCGCGCCGCCAUCAACAUCGCAAAAAAGUUACCGUGUCUAAGACGCAUCGAUAUUAUGGGACAAAAGGGAUAUGCCAUAGAAACGUACGAGGCAUAUCAGGAAGAUCAAGCGGUGCGUUGGGGAGAUUGGCAUAGCUUAGCUGAUGCUCUAGUUGAGGUUAAUUUCCUCUCCGGCACAGAGUGCCGAGAGGUGACUCUGUUGCUAGAGAGUUAUGACCCGCGUGCAUUCGAAGAAGGUGAUGGAUGGGUUCCUAACAGAACGAGUUUGCUAUCAUACGAUCCUCUCGGAGCAGCUGUGCGUACGUGGUCGUACAAUCUCGUAUCCCUUCGUAUCAGCGGCAUCUUUGACGGCUCGCUUUUCUGGCCGAGUAAAAGUGAGCGACUGGAGAUGCCUGUGUCACCCUGGCCUCGCCUAAGAGUAUUCGAUGUGCUCCUAGGAUUGAUGACGCCGACAGGAGGCAGGUACUUUAUGAAGCAACCCGACAGUCACGGGCGAAACGUACCCUGCGAGGACACGAUGCAGCCGUUGUUCGCAGCCUGGGCCAAGGCGCUCGAAUCCAUGCCUGUCCUGGAACAUGCCGCAAUACAGUUUCAUGUAGACUGGGACCUGGAAGAAAGUUUGAACAACUGGUCGGUCAGUGUUCAGGGACCUUGUACCAUGAUCGAUGGCAUACUACGCCCUUGGGCAAAUGAAUUAAGAAGACAUCCGGAUAAAUCAAAGCUUGUCUUUUGGAAUACUAAAGGUUGGCGGCCUGAGAACCUGAUCGUGGGGAAGCUGGAAGCGAUGCUUAAAGAUAGGUUUCCAAGCAGGGAGAUGAUCACGAUUGAAACCUUCUGUAAACGUCCUUUCCGGAUAGAUGAGUACCCUCCAUCGCCUUGA